AUGCCAGAUCCGUCACACAAGAUGGAGCAACCAACAAAUGAAACAACAUCAUCAGGGCAGGAGCCGGCUCACAUACCAUUGGAGCCGGAACAGACAUAUGUCGAGCCUGUCCAGCGGGCCGUCACGUACGCCGCCAUCAACCCCGGUUCCGAGCACGCCGACGCCAAUCCGUACGAUGUGCGGCGGUCGCGGUCAAUCAGCGCCAGCGGCAUGGGGCGUUGGCGGUCGUCGACCUCUUCUCACGCCUCGCAAAAGGAAGAGCGGGACCCCAAUCUCGACCUGACCCUCCCCUACCGAACACUCACAUCCGCUGCCAACUUGGACGAGUACCGCGUGGAGACGCGCGAGGGUGAGAUCGAGGGCCCUGUCGAGCCCGACGGACAGACACACUACAAACUCGUCACGUUCAAGCCGAACGACCCUGAGAACCCCAAGAACUGGUCCAAGGCCUACAAGUGGUACUGCACCAUGGUCGUCGCUAUCACCUGCUUCGUCGUCGCUUUCGCGUCCAGUGUUAUCACGGCCGAUAUCAAGGGCGUGUGUGACGAAUUUCACGUGAGCGAGGAGGUCGCACUGCUGAGUAUCACUGUGUUUGUCGUCGGUUUCGGUGUCGGACCCAUGAUAUUUGCGCCUCUAUCCGAGAUUUACGGUCGUCGGAUCAUCUACGGUUCUACUCUACUUGUUGCCGUGGUAUUUAUUAUUCCCUGCGCCGUUGCCAAGAACAUCGGCACUCUGAUCGUCUGCCGUACCAUCGACGGUAUCGCCUUCUCCGCGCCCAUGACCCUGGUCGGUGGCACACUGGCCGAUCUUUGGAAGAACGAGGAGCGAGGUGUUCCUAUGGCUGCCUUCUCGGCCGCUCCCUUCAUCGGCCCCGCCAUUGGUCCCCUCGUCGGUGGCUUCCUAUCUGAUGCCGCCGGCUGGCGUUGGCUCUACUGGAUCCAGCUCAUUCUUUCCGGUGUCAUCUGGAUCCUCAUCACCUUCACCGUCCCCGAGACCUACACUCCCACUAUCCUCGCACGCAGGGCCAAGAAGCUCCGCAAGGAGACCGGCUCCAAGGAUCACGUUACCGAGCAGGAGAUCGAUACCCGUCCCUUCAGCGAGCGCCUGGGCAUCUUCUUGAUCCGGCCCUUCCAGCUGCUCUUUGGCGAGCUCAUCGUCUUCCUCAUCAGCAUCUACAUGUCUGUCCUGUACGGUCUUCUCUACAUGUUCUUCGUCGCCUACCCCAUCAUCUUCCAGAAGGGCAAGGGCUACUCUGCGGGCAUCACCGGCCUCAUGUUUAUCCCCGUCGCCGUCGGCGUCAUCCUCUCGGCUAUGUGCUCCCCGUGGGUCAACAAUCACUACAUCAGCCUCGUGAAAAAGCACAACGGCAACCCGCCGGCCGAGGUCCGCCUGAUCCCCAUGAUGCUGAGCUGCUGGUUCAUCCCCAUCGGCCUCUUCAUCUUUGCCUGGACCUCGUACAACCACCUGACCUGGGUCGGCCCCUGCCUCGGCGGCCUGCCCGUCGGCUUCGGCUUCAUCUUCCUGUACAACGCGGCCAACAACUACCUCGUCGACUCGUACCAGCACCAGGCCGCCUCGGCCCUGGCCGCCAAGACCUGCAUCCGGUCCUUCUGGGGCGCCGGCGUCGUCCUCUUCACGAACCAGAUGUACGACCGGCUUGGCGACCAGUGGGCCUCGACGCUGCUGGCCUUCAUCAGCCUCGCCUGCUGCGGCAUCCCCUUCCUGUUCUGGCGCUACGGCGCCAAGAUCCGCGGGCGCAGCAAGUACGCCUACGCCGGCGAGGACGACGAGGGCCAGUCGACCGGCGACGACGUGGAGAAGGCCAAGAAGAAGGCCAAGGCUCCCGAGCACGACGCUGAGGAUCUGCGCCGGGCUAUGAGCUACGUCAGCAACCCUUGA